CCGCACCAAUCCCCAGCCCCCACCCGUCAGAUCGGGAACGCACAAGGCCAAUCGACAUAGACGCGACGCACCACCAAAAAAGGCUAGGCCUUUCCCCCGACCACCGCCCGACGAAUCCCGCGCCCACUCCUCCUGCCAACCCCGCCGCCCCGCACCGGCGAUAACCCACCCAGGAGAGAUCCACGCCGGCUCGAUGGGCCACAGGCGCGCGCUCCUGGUGGGCAUCAACUACCCGGGCACCAAGGCCGAGCUCAAGGGCUGCCACAACGACGUCGACCGCAUGCGCCGCUGCCUCGUCGACCGCUUCGGAUUCGACGAGGGCGACAUCCGCGUCCUCGUGGACGCCGACCCCUCCGCACCGCAGCCCACAGGGUCCAACAUCCGCCGCGCCCUGGCGCGGCUAGUCGGGGACGCUCGGCCCGGGGACUUCCUAUUCUUCCACUACAGCGGCCACGGCACGCGGCUGCCCGCCGAGACCGGGCAGAACGACGACACCGGGUAUGACGAGUGCAUCGUGCCCUGCGACAUGAACCUUAUCACAGACCAGGAUUUCAGGGAACUUGUUCAGAAGGUCCCCGAUGGCUGCCUAUUCACCAUCGUCUCUGAUUCAUGCCACAGUGGUGGCCUACUGGACAGCGCCAAGGAGCAGAUAGGUAAUAGCACCAGGCAGAAUAAGGCCCAGUCCCGUGAACGUGAAGAGCGCCCCGAUUCUGGUUCUGGCACCAGCUUCCGGUCCUUUCUCAAAGAGACCGUCCGCGACGUGUUUGAAUCUGAGGGAAUCCACAUCCCUCAUCGUAGCCAUGGCCAGAGCCACCACGGAGGUGAGGACCACGAUAAGGCAUACGCACAGCCAACUGGGCACGGUCGCAUCAAAAACCGCUCCUUACCGCUCUCGACAUUCAUAGAGAUGCUCAAAGAACAAACUGGAAAGGAUGACAUUGAUGUGGGUUCAAUCCGGAUGACGCUGUUCAAUGUCUUUGGCGACGAUGCUAGCCCAAAGAUCAAGAAGUUCAUGAAAGUCAUGCUUGGGAAGUUCCAUCAGAGCCAGUCAGGUGAGCAUGGUGGUGGUGUCAUGGGCAUGGUUGGUGCCCUUGCUCAGGAGUUCCUGAAGGCUAAGCUUGAAGGCAACGAGGAAGAAGCUUUCAAGCCAGCGUUAGAGCAAGAGGUUCACAAUGUUGACGAGGUGUAUGCCGGGACUAAGUCAUGGGCACCUAACAAUGGCAUUCUGAUAAGUGGGUGCCAGACCAACCAAACAUCAGCCGAUGCAACCACACCCCAGGGUGUUUCAUUUGGUGCGCUCAGCAAUUCUAUCCAGGCCAUUCUUGCCGACAAGCACGGGAAGGUGACAAACAAGGAUCUCGUGAUGAAAGCACGUGAGAUGCUGUCCAAGCAAGGGUACACGCAGCAGCCUGGGCUUUACUGCAGUGAUGAGCAUGUUCAUGUGGCUUUCAUAUGCUGAAACAUAUUCUUCCCUCCUUUUUUGUGUUGAGCUGUGCACGGGAGGCUGAAGUUUCUCUUGUUUCCCCUUGUAUGUUACAGUUAUGUACUUGUGUCAAUGUUGCUUGAGGGUACGCAUCGAUGUUGGACUAUGUCAAUACUGAAAUAACUAUGAGAAAACGUUUUCUAUAUACAUAAUAUAUAUACUUGUAUAAUGGGUUCUA